AUUUGCUUUUCUCUCAUUUUCUUUGCCUGAGGGCAGAGAGGACUGCAUACUGCACACUCUCUCUCUUCAAAUUGGUUCUAGACCUCAUACAACCUGCUCACUUACCCGCUCGCGUCCGUCACAAUUAUUCCCCCUCUCCUGUCACGAUGUACUCCUCCGAGGAGCUGUGGAACUCCACCGAGCAGGUCUGGAUCAAUGGAUCUGGAACAAACUUCUCUCUAGGAAGACACAAAGACGAUGAGGAGGAGGAAGGAGACAAGCAUCCUUUCUUCACAGAUGCCUGGCUGGUCCCUCUGUUCUUCUCUCUCAUCAUGCUGGUCGGACUGGUGGGCAACUCUCUGGUCAUUUAUGUCAUUUCAAAACACAGACAGAUGAGGACGGCAACCAACUUCUACAUAGCAAACCUGGCCGCCACUGACAUCAUCUUCUUGGUGUGCUGCGUCCCCUUCACCGCCACCCUUUACCCCCUCCCUGGAUGGAUCUUUGGCAACUUCAUGUGCAAAUUUGUCGCCUUUCUGCAACAGGUGACAGUGCAAGCCACCUGCAUCACCCUGACUGCCAUGAGUGGAGACCGCUGUUACGUGACAAUCUACCCCCUGAAAUCUCUUCGGCACCGAACCCCCAAAGUAGCCAUGAUUGUCAGCAUUUGCAUUUGGAUCGGUUCUUUCAUCCUCUCUACACCAAUUUUAAUGUACCAGCGUAUAGAGGAGGGCUACUGGUACGGCCCGAGGCAAUACUGCAUGGAGAGAUUUCCCUCUAAGACGCAUGAGAGGGCUUUCAUCCUGUACCAGUUCAUUGCUGCCUACCUGCUGCCUGUGCUCACUAUCUCUUUCUGCUACACUCUGAUGGUUAAGAGGGUUGGCCAGCCCACUGUAGAACCUGUAGACAAUAAUUAUCAGGUGAAUCUCCUGUCUGAGAGAACAAUCAGCAUCCGGAGCAAAGUUUCCAAGAUGGUGGUAGUGAUUGUGCUUCUCUUUGCCAUCUGCUGGGGGCCCAUCCAGAUCUUUGUCCUCUUCCAGUCUUUCUAUCCUAACUACCAGCCUAACUAUGCCACAUACAAGAUCAAGACGUGGGCCAACUGCAUGUCCUACGCCAACUCCUCUGUCAACCCCAUAGUUUAUGGCUUUAUGGGAGGUAGUUUCCAAAAGUCUUUCAGGAAAACUUUUCCCUUCCUGUUCAAGCACAAGGUCAGAGACAGCAGCAUGGCUUCCAGGACUGCAAAUGCUGAGAUUAAGUUUGUUGCUGCGGAGGAAGGCAACAAUAAUAACGCGGUGAACUGAUCCCGAUCAUUUAACAUAAGAAGGAUACGGACAGUUUUCUAAUGUGAACCCUGAAAAAAUAACACUAAUGUUGUGUAAAAGUCCUCAAAGAGCAACUGAUCUGAAAGAGACACUGUUUGGCAGCCGGGAUGUAUUAUAUCAGUGAAUAUAACUAAUGAAAUGAUGUGGGGAAACUCAGACACAUAAAACAGAUGGGCACUAACAGUAUUUGGCACAAUAUGUUACCUGUUCCAACUGCCAAGGCUGCCAAUGCUGGCACAUGUCUGCCAAACAACAGGUCUGAAUAACACAAAGCUGAACACACCAGAUGACAGAAGAGGAGAGUUUGGCCUGAAAGCUGCAGGCAGGACAUUUAAUCCCUGUUUGAUCCAAUGAGGUCUGCAGCUCUAGAAUAAACUGGACCGAGGACAGAUGAUGAUUAUAGAUCAAUCAUAUGAAAUGAAACAACACUGAAUGUAUAUUUGAAUUUAACACUCUUGUUUAACACUCAUGACUAAAUGGCAGUUGGCUUGUUUUUUGUUUUUUUUUUUGCUAGUUUUUAUGUGGUUGACAUUUACGUCUUCGCUGGAGAAAAAGAGAAUAAUUUAACACUUUGUGCAUGCGUCAUUCCGAAGAACAGCGAGCACUGUGACACUGUGUAAAUGUUUAAAAGGUACAGUUCGACAUUUUAUUGAGUUUCUUUGUUCAUGUCAAGGUGAAAAUCCAAUCUGUUUUGUUACCAUGAAGCUCAAGGUGAUUAAAGUAAAACAAAAGAAUGUCCCUAAAUCCUCUGAGAUUACAUAUGUCUCUAUGUUUAAACCAGUGAGUGUUCACUAGAAAAUCCUUAGAGAACAUAAUUCCUGAAUGACCCGAGCGCUGUUUUCAAAUUUUGAAUUGAUUUUAAGUACAACGUGUUAACUUUUUGUUGAAGAGGCACCGAUGGUCUGAUUUCAGUCUCAGUGUUAAUGCCACA